GUCAGAGCCCAGUCCCGCUCUCCACCCUCUCCUCUGUGCAGCGGAUCACCCAGUCGCUUCUCCAGCCCAGUCCUGGACCAGCGCAGCCCUUUUCUCUCCAUCCGCAUUGCCUCAGUAGUCCUCACUCCAUCACCCUACGCCCCCUCCCCAGGCAGUCAGGGAUCCCCAAGGGCCAGGCACCUCAAACCCUCCCGGUCCUCAGUGUCACCCCUCAGUGAGAUGUGCUCCCUGGUGGAGCUCUUCCCUGAGGCCCUGGACGCUCUGGCGGAGCUCUUCUCUGAGGACCUGCCCUCCGAUGAUGCCAUCAGUGAGAGAAGUGGAGUCUCUGAUGAAUUCAACAUUAAUAUUAUGUCACUGGACGACCUCGCACCGGUCACGCUUGGAAUGUCGGAGAAAAAAAAAGAAAAAAAGGUGUGUGAUAAUGACAGCCAGUGGUACUGGAGGUGUGAGGAGAGGAUCCCAUCAGAAGAGCCCAGGGAGGACUACAAGAGUGAGAUCAAGACUGAAACAGACCAGAGUAGUGUCAGCGAGAUCUCCGAGCACUUGGGAGACAGAGACGGGGACAAAGAUGCAUUGGGAGGUCAGCGAGGUCAUGGACUACAGCGUCUCAGACACAUCUUGGAGCGACAAGUACUCCAGUGUCUCAGAGAAGGACAAUCAGUCCCACAUCAACCACAGACUACAGUAAAAUCGCUGAUUCAUUCCGUGGCAGCAGGGCUUUCUAUUCCAGGUCAUCUCGCUCCCACUCUGUGGCUGAAACUAUCAUGCCGUCUCAAGUUUUGAAGAGGCGCUCGCCGAGGUGUGUGAGAGAGGCCCCAGUGCAGACCCAAUCAGAGUGACUGGCCUUCACCUUGUCCGAGAUGCAGACCCAACCAGGCGGACUGGCCUUCACCUUGUCCGAGAUGCAGACCCAACCAGACGGACUGGCCUUCACCUGGUCCACCAGUUUGUCCACUAACUAAUGCAUACAGCCCUGCUGUGUUUGCACUCAACAUGCUGAGGCAGCAGCUGGCUCUCACCAGACACUUUGUCCAGACCAGCCGCCACCUCCACUCCCUGCAGACUACACAUACACCACACUGGAGGACACCAAGGAGGUAGGCUACUCUAAUGCCCAAUCAUAAAUUAAUCGCUACACACUCGUGUAGUACUGAAGGAAUAAUUGAUAGUCAAACGCCGCUCCUUGUCACUCUUAUCUGAGGGACUGUCGACCAUAUUUGCUGUGGACCCAAUUGUGUUCACACUUCUGUGCAUUUGUAGUCAUCAUGAUCCAAGACAAAAAUGGACAUUUUCAGAGUUUUUCCACUUUUCCUGAAUUGACUAGAUUUGUAGUGGGAUUGAUUUGUUGUAGUUCAUUGGCUGUCACAAGCCUCCCAAACUGACCACGGAGGCGGCCUUGGAGGAGAUUCUUCAGGAAAUGAUGGAGCUCCACUACAUCUGACACUGAGAAUGUAUGGAUACUUUACCAUUCUCUAUUAAAAAACCUUUAAUGUGUUGGGGCUUGGGAAAUGACCUAGAUCAAAAAGGACAAUCUAUUCAAAUGUGUCAUACUUUCUAUAGACGUAUCAGUGGCGACCCCCGUUUUGAGCACCCCUGUUUUGCAUGUUAUUUUGGCAUUAAUACAGUGUCUCACAUAUGUUUGCAAACAAUGUAAAAAUAUAUAUAUAUGUAUAUAUAUAUCAUUGAGUUAA